AUGGGCCGUACUCCGUGGAAACAACACGACCGACACAUGGUCCGUACUCCGUGGAAACAACACGACCGGCACAUGGGCCGUACUCCGUGGAAACAACACGACCAGCACAUGGGCCGUACUCCGUGGAAACAACACGACCGACACAUGGGCCGUACUCCGUGGAAACAACACGUGGGCCGUACUCCGUGGAAACAACACGACCGACACGAUGGGCCGUACUCCGUGGAAACAAACACGACCGGCACGAUGGGCCGUACUCCGUGGAAACAACACGAGGUCCGCACGAUGGGCCGUACUCCGUGGAAACAACACGACCGGCACAUGGCGCGUACUCCGUGGAAACAACACGACCGGCACAUGGGCCGUAACUCCGUGGAACAACACGACCGGCACAUGGGCCGUACUCCGUGGAAACAACACGACCGGCACAUGGGCCGUACUCCGUGGAAACAACACGACCGGCACAUGGGCCGUACUCCGUGGAAACAACACGACCGGCACACUGGGCCGUACUCGCCGAGCAAACCCAACCAGUAUAUUUUGCAUGUUAAUAUUCUCUCUCUCCUCUCCCCUCUCUGCUUUCUCUCUUGUACACAGUUCUCCAAAGAGAUUCUUGCUAAUAUUUAUUCAGCAUACAUCGAUAACUUUCUGAACGCCAAAGACGCAGUGAGGAUCGCAAAAGAGGCCAAGCCAGCAUUCCUCAAGUUCCUGGAGGUGAGCACACGUCAAACAAGGGAAGAAGCAGGCCCUGGUGAUCUGAAUUGAAUCAAGCCUGUCCAGAGUGAUCCCCGUAUGUAGCUGCUGUGUCAGGAUCUGUUGAAGCACACUCCUGAGGAACAUCCAGACCACCCGUUGCUAUUGGACGCCCAGAGAGACAUCAAGCGAUUGGCUGAGAAGAUCAAUAAGGGGCGUCGCUCUGCGGAGGAGGUGGAGAGAGAGACACGCGUCAUGCAGGAGAUAGAAGCCCACAUCGAGGGAGUAGAACACGUCAGAGAUAUCCUUAACCCAAUGAGGAAGUUCCUGAGACAGGAGAUGGUGAUGGAGGCGAAGACCGUGGGGGGUAAGAAGGACCGCUCUCUCUUCCUCUUCAGUGAUCUGCUCAUCUGCACCACCCUCAAGAGGAAGUCUGGAUCCCUGAGACGCAGCUCCAUGAGCCUGUACUCUGCUGCCAGUGUGAUCGACACUUCCAGUAAAUAUAAGUUCCUGUGGAAACUUCCCCUAGAGGAUGUGGAGAUAGUGAAAAGCCCCUCCCAGGCAACCAACAAAGAGACCAUCCAGAAGAUGAUUGGUCGACUGGACGAGGACCUGAGUACACUGGGACACAUCAGCAAACUAUCAGAGACUCUCAGCUUCCCUCACCAGUCCCUGGAUGAUGUUAUAAAGGACCUGAUGGCUGUCAGCGUCCACAGGGAGCUUGCAGAGAAACAGUCUCUAGCCUUCAGUAUGACCUUCCUGCCCACCAAGCUGGAGCUGACCACCGCCUCGGCAGAAACCAGUUUCGUGUUCGAGUUCAGCUCCCCAGACACACGCAGCAACUUCCAACAGGCCUUCGAAGAUGCCAAGAAGAAACUGGCAAUGAAUAAGGACCAGUGGGACCCAGAGUUCCUGAAGGCUAUCCCCAUUAUGAAGACUCGUAGUGGGAUGCAGUUCUCCUGUGCCUCCCCCAGCCACAGUUGUCCAGAGAGCAGCAGUGAGGUGUGGGUGUGUAACAGUGAUGGUUACGUGGGCCAGGUGUGUCUGCUCAACAUCAGAGACCAGCCCACUGUAGAGGCCUGUAUCGCUGUCUGCUCUGCCAGGAUCAUCUGCAUUGCCGCGGUCCCUGGACUCAAGGGGAGGGAACGUGGAGUGGACCCCUUCCCUGCCCCUCCCCGUGUGGCUGUUGACUCCACCCCAUCCCAGCAGCAGCAGUUACACAUCUCCAUUUCUCAUUCGUCGCUGCAGCUGACCGAGCCCCCUUCAGGGGCGGGGCCAGAGUUAGUUCCYUUUGACAGUGAUGACACGGACGAUGAAGAUUCUCCUAGCCCCUCCUCCACUCUGCAGAGCCAAGCCAGUCACUCUACUGUGUCGUCCAGCUAUGGCAAUGAGGAGGGGUCUGGUUGUAAGGACAUGGCUACAGAGACCACCAGUAGUGAGGAGGAGCAGGACUACCCGGUGGCCAGUCCUUAUGGAGCUCCAGGCAGGCCCGGGGUGGGUGGAAGAGGUCGACCCCACAGCGAGAGCCCCAUGGACGGGAGAGCCAUGCGCCGCUCCUCCCGGGGAUCCUUCACUAGAGCCAGUCUGGAGGAUCUGCUCAGCAUUGACCCGGAGGCUUACCAGAGCUCUGUGUGGCUGGGCACAGAGGACGGAUGUAUCCACGUGUACCAGUCAUCAGACAACAUCCGUAACCGUAACAACAGCAUGAAGAUGCAGCACUCUGCCCCCAUCCUGUGUGUUCUCUACCUGGACAACAAGGUGUUUGUGUCCCUGGCCAACGGAGAUGUGAUCGUCUACCAGAGGGAGGCGGGGAGUUUCUGGGACGCUCAGUCAUCUCAGACGUUGAGUCUGGGCACGCCCAGUUGUCCUGUCACUAAGAUGGUCCCGGUCGGAGGGAAGCUGUGGUGUGGUUCACAGAACCGCGUUCUCAUCGUCAACACAACCACACUGGUGCAAGAGCACUGGUUCCAGUUGGGCACAGACAGCAGUAGGUGUGUUACCUGCAUGGUGAGCUACGGCCAGGGGGUGUGGCUGGCGCUCCAGGGUAGUGCCCAGAUCAGACUUUACCACGCCCAGACCUGGGAAAGUCUGACGGAGGUGGACGUGGCUCCCGCCGUGCACAAGAUGCUUGCAGGUUCAGAUGCGAUCAUCCGGCAACACAAGGCAGCGUGUCUGAGGAUCACAGCUCUCCUGGCCUGUAAGGACCUGCUGUGGAUCGGGACCAGUGCAGGGGUGGUCCUGACCCUGUCUAUCCCAGCCGUCAGCUCUGGGACAGUGUCAGGGACGCUGCGGUCACCUCUGACRCCCAUGGGCUCUGCUCACGGACACACUGGCCAUGUGAGGUUCCUCACCUCCAUAGAACUACCUGAAGGCUUCGACGUCAACUUCCCCCUGCCCGCCGAUACCACAGCCCAGAGUGGUGUUGACGGGGGUAAUGGGGGUCUGCAGAGGCGGGACUCCUCUCACCGACGAGCCUCCGCCCUCCUGCCCGUCAAAACCAAUCAGCUGGUGAUCUCAGGUGGCGACGGCUACGAGGACUUCCGGCUGACCAAUAGCAGCAGUGAGACAGUGGGGCGGGACGACAGCACCAACCACUUACUGCUGUGGAGGGUCUGAGCCAAUCAGCCGGCCCCAUUUAUUAAAGCCCACCCUCUAAGCACCAGCAACAUACAGUACUGCCUUGGAGAGUCCCCCGACCCCUUUAAACCCCACCCUCAGCUGAAACUGCACACAAACCCCGCCCUCCUCUUUAAACCCCUCCCCCUUUUUAUUAGGUCCAGUUUUUUUUGUCCUUUGCUCAAUCUUCUGAUCUCUCUGUGCAUGGGUGUUGUUAGCCCAGACUGAAAAACUACAGGCUCACUUUAAACCAGGUUUCUGUUGUUUUAGUUUGUUCCGAUGCAACUGUGUGUGUUGUUAAUCGCUGAGUGGUGUGUGCUUGGUGUUUCGGCGUGAAUCACCCUCCACUUGUAUUGCUCAGUCUGUGGACUUCGUGUCAUAAUGAAACUCUACAGACUUUACUUAGAGGGAACAAGAGAGAGAGAGAUAUUGGGAGAGGGAGAUGAAGAAGAGAGAUUAGAUGAAGGAUAUGGAGGGAAAGCAAGAAAGAAAGAGAGAAGGAAAUAGAGAGGGAGAGACAGUAGAGAGAGUGUGGAUGAGGACAGACCGAUCAGGUGAAGGAUAAGAAGAGAGAGAGAGAUUGAGGCAGACAUGGUGAAAGGCGAGUGAUGGGAAGGGGAUUGUGAACUCUGCAACAAGCCGACUGAUGGACUGACGGAAGUAACAAUGGAACAAGGAGUUUGAAGAAGGGCCUGAGGACUGGGGUCAAACGUCCAUCUUUGGAUUCCUCUUUUCGGCCCACACCAUGCGGACACCCCAUCCUAGGGAGGAGAGGAGAAAGGGAUGGAAAAGGGAGUGAAGGAGACUAAAGAGUAACAUUAUAAAAGUAACCAAUGUGCAAUAUAUGGCAAGGGUACCUACUAAAACUAUACACAAACACACACACUUUCUUCACUCGUUUGACAAAACACAGCUCGUCUCUCCGUAGCCUAUGUCUCACUCAUACAUACACCUCUUUCUCACCUUAAUCACUUUUGUGUUUGUUAUUAUUUUAAAGAUUUGUUGUAUUUUAAAAGAGCUGAAGCAGCAUCGCACCACUACAGUGAAGUGUGUUUUAAAACAUUUCUUUUCGAGGUCGUAGUAGAGAUAUGUUUGUACAGUAUUUAUGUUUUUGAUUUGAGCUUUGUAUUUUUUACAGCGCUUAAUUUAUAGAUGUCUUUUUCUCUCUUUCUUUGCCUCUAAGAGAUUGUGAUUUACAAGAGCUCUGACACACACACACACACACACACACACACACACACACACACACACACACACACACACACACAACACACACAAAAAGCCUAUAAAACAACACAUAUAUAUACACACACAUACACACACACAAACCAGUGUCCUGAAGUUCAGGCUCAAGGUGAUAGUGUUAAUGUCUCCAAGCCACGAGAACUACCCUGAAAACUAUCUGGGUCACCUUCAACCACUCCAACCGAAUGCAUUAGCAUUAGGCUAAUUCCCCCACUGUGAGCCAAUGAAGAGGCUAACCGAUAAUCAGACGCGACAGAUAGCCUAGCGGUUAAGAGCCUUGGCGAGUAACCGAAAGGUCGCUGGUUCGAAUCCCAGUGGCGACUAGGUGA